AUGAACAUGUACAAUGACCUUCCAUCUCGACAGAUGCCACCAUCCUUAGUUGAUUCGGCUUUCAAUCGGCGCUGUGAUGAGCUUGGAGCUUCUCGUUAUGGUGAAGAGCCAUUUGGAGUAGGACGUUAUGGAGGAGGCAGAGAUGCACCAAUUCGGGAUAUCAGUGGUUUUGUGGAGCCAAUUGAUGAAUUCAUUGAUAGCCCUCGCAAAAACGCAUAUCCACAGUCUUCCCAUGCUGAAAGAAUUACAUAUCCAACAAUGGCUGGAGGUUCAGGAAGGAAUAAUGCACCAAUACCACCGUUUGGGCAGUCUUAUUCGGCUUUUAAUGAGCCUUACGGGCAGAGAAUGGAUUAUGGAGGUGGAGCAAGGUUUCGAGUUUAA